UUGAAUUCUGUUCACAUGAUUCGUGUUUACAAUGGAUUUAAUUCGAACAAUAAAUGUUUCUAUUAUAUUGCUCCAAUGUCUUUAAACGUAGUAUCGGAUUCUGAGUGUGUGUGUACUGCCUGGAUCUCUUGCGUGUGACUUGAAGAAAAUCCAAAGUUUGUUCAAUGUGUCAACACGAAAUUGUGAUCUCCAGCAGUCGGAUUUUGAUGGCGUCUACCGGGGUAUAAAUGGUCAAUUAGGGCACAUGAAACACCUCACUGCCUACGACAGGAUCCUACAAGUAUGUACAUCAGUAUGCUGAUGCCGUUGUAUGUGGUGGACACAAUGAGCGGCAUGCCGGGCUUGCCGGGCCUCUUCGUCGCUGGCAUCUUCAGUGGUUCCCUGAGCACCGUCUCGUCGGCCGUCAACUCGCUGGCUGCCGUCACAUUGGAGGAUUACUUUAAGCCACUGUACGUGCGGUACCAGGGCCACCCGCUGGGGGAGUCGCGGUCGCCGCUUGUGGGGAAGUUGCUGGCACUGGUGUUCGGACUGCUGUUUCUGGGACUGGCUUUCAUGGCGCAGUUCCUCGGUGGCGUGCUGCAGGCCAGCCUCACGAUAUUUGGCGCCGUCGGCGGACCCGUGCUCGGCUUCUUCUCGCUCGGCAUGUUCCUGCCCCACGCCAACGAGCCGGGAGCCAUAACGGGCCUGGCCACGGGGCUCGCCUUCUCCAUGUGGGUCGGCUUCGGCGUCCCCCGGCCGGACGCAGUAAGGCUGCCCACCAGGACGGACGGCUGCGACUUCAACGUUACGGCCACACCGCCGCCGCCCACUCAGGACCCCAGGUGCAAUGGAGAGAAGUUGCAGUUUUGCCUCCACAUGCCUGAUCAUCAACACAGUUACAAAACGGGUUCCUUUCUCCGCCGGCUGCGGUGGUCUAGCGGUUCUAGGCGCGCAGUCCGGAACCGCGCGACUGCUACAGUCGCAGGUUCGAAUCCUGCCUCGGUCAUGGAUGUGUGUGCUGUCCUUAGCGAGUACUUCUACCUGUACCGCGUGUCGUACCUAUGGGUCGUCGUGUUGGGAUUCCUGCUGACACUCGUUGUGGGCGCCGUCGCGUCGUGGGUGGCGGGCGUCGCCUGCAAGGGGGACCGCAGUGCGCCGCCACCAGACCCCGACCUCUUCGUGCCGCCAGUCCGGAGGGCGCUGCUCGCGAGGAGAGGACGCAGGGGCUCCAACCCGGUGCAGCCGACACGUGUGGCCGGUGACCUGUCCAAUGGUGUGGGACCAGCUGCAAACACCAAGAGCCAGGAGGAGCCGCUCAAUGGCAUAGGUGGCCACCACGUCACCCCAAUGUGAUGUCGACAGAGUACAGUGGGGACUGCUGUGAGCUGAAAGGUGCUGAUCUGUGGGUUCCCAGCCUGAGACAUUCCAGCCUUCUCUACAGAGGCUGCAAAAAUUUGGUCUAUUUAUUUUCUAGUUUUGUAAAAAAGGAAAAAAAAAAUUAUAAACACUCAGUAUUCCUCAGUUUGUAAUAGCUUUGCUUUUUAUUCUCAGUUCUCUUCUGUUCAGCUGAAUUGCUGCAAAUAAUGAAGCGCUGCAAAAUCAGUUUUAUAGGUGCAUGAAGUCUCGAUAGAAGCAGCCAAAGAGAGUGGGAGAGAUUAUAUGAGGCAGAAAAAUGUUGCUGAAGUUAACUGGGGAUGCAAUACUGCGCAGUGUAGAAACUUUUACAAAUGUAACAUUUCAGUGGACUUAUUAAAUAUGGGCAAUUGCUUACCUGGUAAACUGUGAGAAAAAGUAUGACAAUAAUUAUUACAAUAUUGGAAAAAGUUCUGACCAGGAAAUCAGUAAUCGUGUGAUGAAGAACAAUACUACAGGAGGGUGGAGGCAUUGAAUGGUGUAAAGAUGGCUGAAUAAUAUUGUUGAAUGGCAUAGAAAAGAUGCUUCCAAAAUAAAACUAGUUGCCUAUAAAAGGUCACAGAUACAAACCAAUCACAAAAUUUGCACAUGUAAAUUUUCCAUCAUAUUUGCUGCACUGUAAUUAUUUUUCUAGAGCACAUUACACUUUAAAAUAAUCUGUCUUGUCUUGUGUGUAUGGGUUCCUUGCCAAAGUAAAUUUUUUUAAGG